AUGAAGCAAAUGUUCAACUUUACGAUCCCCACACACAGCAGCACAAACCCCAUCGAGCACCUAUACUCGCUCGAGCUGCUGUAUUCACGCCUGCUCGAAAAAGGGCUCAAUGCUGAACAGCCCUUCGUUCUCGCCCACUUCGUUGGUUCCCUCCCACCCGAGUACCAACAAGCGAAGUUCCUGUUGGAGACAGCAACGGCGCUGGAUAGGGCCGAGAUCGUCAGGAUCUGGAGCACGGUGCACGCGAGCCUUCCGGAGGGGAGGAAGGCCUCGAAGGGCCAGCGGAGGGCAGAGCACGCUCUCCUCGCGAGCGGCGGUAGCGGUGGGGGAAUAGCGCCGGGCCACGGCAACGGCGGCCGCCGCAAGGGUGGCGGCGGCGGCGGCGGUGGCAACCAGAAGGGGAGUGGCGCGAAGGCUGGUGGCGGCGGCGGAGGCGGCGACGACGAUGCGGGUGGCAUGCGCGGUCGCUGUUUCCGGUGCGGCAGGAAGGGCCACCAGGUGGCCGACUACACCGAGAGCAAGCCCGUGCGAUGUGAGACAUGCAAGGGCUACGGGCACGACAAGAGUAAGUGCCCGACCGAGGAGGCGGUGCUCGUGGUGGAAGUGCCGGCGGGGGGGGCGUCUGCGGACGCCACAGCACUGGACGUGGCAGAAGAAGCGCUGGUGGUCGGUGACAUCUCAGGCGAGUGUCACAAAGUCGUUGGUCGAGGGGGUGUAGAGCAGGCUAGGCGGGGUAGAUGGGUGAUGAGGGAAGAGUUUGAAGGGCACGUGGGCACGGGGACGUUUCCAUUCGUAGACGGCGCGCCAGAGGGGCGCAGGCCUGUGAGCUCAAAGUGGUGUUUUAGUUGGAAGACCAACAAGGAAGGGAAGAUAGAAAAGUUCAGAGCGCGUCUGGUGGCUAGGGGGUUGUCGCAAAUCCCCAACGUCGACUAUUUCCAUUCGUCUUCCCCUUGCUCAUCAUCCGCAUCCAAUGAAUUGAUGCUUGCGGUAGCAAACGAGAAGGGCAUAAACCUCAAUCACUGGGACGUGAAGCAGGCGUACACACACGCCACGCUAGACGAGGGUUUUUUUCUGAGGCUCCCCGCUGGGUGCGGGGACAAAUCGCAUAAGAUUGUUAAGGCUGAGCGUGCGAUUUACGGUCUGAAGCAGAGCGACGAAGUCGUGGUGAUGAUUAUCGUGAUCUACGUGGAUGACAUUUUGGUGGCUGUGUCUGACGAGGACUUCGAGGAGUUGCUUGUUUCUCUCAACAAGAAAUUUCCCACCAAAAGUCUUGGAGAAUGCGAAUGGUUUGACGGGUGCGCCAUUGAGAGAGAUGUGGAGGCUGGGACUCUUAGAAUCCCCCAAACCGCGUACAUUGAUAGCAUGGUGAAACGCAUUGAUGUACAAUCGACCUCCCGCAUCCCUGCUACCCCUGGUGUCGACCUAGGACCGAAGCGAGAUGACGAGAAGGGAGGGGAGUGGCCGGUGAGGGAGGCAAUCGGCAGCAUGAUGUGGCGUUCGGUGCAAGGGUUGGCGACGACGGUUGGAAGUACCGUAGUCAGCCAUGGUAGUAAGACACAAAGCAUCGUGUCUUUGUCUUCGACGGAAUCCGAAUACAUUGCUGCCGGGGAGGGCCUCAAGGACGCGUUGUUUGUGCGUGCUGUGCUUUCGUUUGUUGCCCCAGAGACCAGUGGUAGCAGUAUCCAGGCCCUUGAGGACAACCAGGGGGCCAUAGCGUUGGUGCAGAACCCCCUCAGCUCAGGUCGCACGAAACACAUCGACGUGAGAUUUCAUUUCAUCCGCGGAUUGUUUAUGUCGGGGGAUAUUUCGGUCAAGUUUAUUCCGACUACGGAGCAACACGCGGACCUCCUAACCAAGGCCCUUAACAGGGCUAGUCUGCAGUACCACCGGCGCAAGUCACCCCAGACGGACCACCCAAGUCCCCUCGGCAAAGCCCCACGGGCAACGAAGCCAAUACCUCCGCCAUGUCCGCGCCUCCCGUCGAAGACCCACCUGAGCCGACCCGAUAGCAAUGGUGAUUCGGCGUUGACCAACACUGGCGCUGCUCUGGACUCUGCCGAUGGCAAGCGGCAGUUCAACGGCGGGGGUAGUCAGAUGGCUUUCAAAGCGAACGCGGAUGCAUGCAUGGAAUCGAAGGGUGACGCUGAUUCGACACGAGGCGGUGGUCUCGACGGCAAGACCAUGGACAGAAGGGAGUCCGGGAUACUGGCACAGGAUGGUCACGACAACAGGAAGCGGUCCCGUGACGAAUCAACGGAGGACGCCUCGGCCGAAACGCAUGGUAGCGGGGAAAGAGACCUAAGACAGGCAGCGACUCGGAGGGUGCAUCAGUUUCCGAAGGUGAUUUGA